AUGCCGGAAGGCUUGUGGAGAAGCUCCAAUUCCAUGAACCUAAUCUCUCUAGAAGGCCUGGGAUACCUGUUAGCUCUUUUAUUCAGCAUUCUGACAGUACGUUCGAUCAAACGACGAUAUUUUUCAGCUCUGUAUGCUAUACCAGGCCCUUUUACCGCAUCAAUUACCAGGGCAUGGCGACUGAAAGAGGUCUACUAUGGUCAUGUGGAAAAGACGGAGCUAAAAUUGCACGAGGUACAUGGCCCUCUUGUGCGAACAGGUCCCGAUGAAGUGGUGACAAAUGACCUCAAAGCGAUCCAGCUUCUCUAUGGCAUCGGGAGUAAAUUCCCCAAGACGGAUUUCUACAGACUCUUCGGAAUUCCUGACGUCUAUGGUGUUCACCAGUUCUCGGCACUUCCCAAUGCACUACAUAAAAGGCUAGUCCGGUUCACCGCUGCGGCAUUCUCCAUGACAUCGAUCGUGGAAUUGGAGCCGCUUGUGGAUAGCUCGGUGGAGUUCUUCGUCCGCAGAAUCAAAGAAAUUGGCUUCAACGACACUCCUAUGAACAUGGUGGAAUGGUUUCAGUGGUAUGCAUUUGACGUUAUAGGGGAACUUACGUUUUCUACACGCUAUGGCUUUAUGGAAGAAGCUAAAGAUGUGGGCGACUCGACCAAAAUCCUUGAUAUGUUCCAAGCAUAUGUUUCCUUCGUGGGCCAGGCGUUUUCUUAUCACUGGCUCCUCCUUGGAAGUCCGCUAUUCUCAUUAAUCUUCACACCACCUUCAGGUAUAAUUGGUGAGAUGGCUGUUCGUGAGGUCCAAGCACGACAAGGCCGGUCUUCCGACCGACGAGACAUGUUGUCGCGGUUCCUUAAGGAACACGAGAAGAACCCGUCAGAUUUUACAAUGGACGACGUCUACCGAAACGGAGCCAUGACAAUCGGAGGCGGCUCUGAUACAACUGGAAUUGCGCUGGCUUCUACCCUUUACCAUCUGCUAAAGAGUCCUGAGACCUACAAACGACUUCGAGAAGAGAUCGAUAAGGCUAUAGACGAUAAUAGACUGUCAAAGCCUGCCAAACUUCGUGAAACUCAGUCGCUGUCAUACUUGCAAGCAGUUAUCAAAGAAGGGAUGAGGAUCCAUCCGUCAGUGGCAUUUAUCCUGCCUCGACAUGUUCCGCAGGGAGGUUGUACGAUUGCCGGAAAAUUUCUGCCAGCCGGAACACGCGUUGGGAUGAACCCUUACGUUGUCCACAGAAAUAGAGAGAUUUUCGGCGAGGACGCGGACGUCUUCCGGCCCGAAAGAUGGCUAGAACGUGACGAAAAGGACAUGAAUCGCUACAUGCUUCAGUUCGGUCAAGGCUCAAGAAUCUGUGCGGGCAGACAUAUAAGUAUAAUGGAAAUGAAUAAAGCCCUGGUGGAAUUGAUUCGAAAUUUCAACAUUGAGCUCGCAGAUCCGAAAUUCAAGCUCAUUACUACGACUCGGUGGUUCAUGAAACCAGAUGCACUGCCCUGCAUCUUCAAACCACGUACAGAUGCCUGA